AUGAGCGGAGCGCGACAGUGUCUCCUCUUUCUUCUUCGGCGGCACCGACCUUGGGAGAAGCCCUCUGCAAUGGCGAGAUCGGUGCCUAUGCUCGUGAGCUCAAAGGCCGAGCUGAAACGCAGGGAGAAGCAGAAGAAGAAGGCUAAGUCUGGCGGGUUCGAGUCCCUCGGGCUCAGCCCCAAUGUCUACAACGGCGUCAAGCGAAAAGGCUACAGGGUCCCCACGCCGAUUCAGAGGAAGACGAUGCCCCUCAUCCUCUCCGGCGUCGACGUCGUCGCCAUGGCAAGGACCGGCUCCGGCAAGACAGCAGCGUUUCUUGUGCCCAUGCUGGAGAAGCUGAAGCAGCACCUGCCUCAGGGUGCGGUCAGAGCUCUGAUUCUCUCACCCACCAGAGAUUUGGCUCUGCAGACUCUGAAGUUCACGAAGGAGCUUGGCCGGUUCACAGAUCUUCGAACAAGUUUGCUCGUCGGGGGUGAUAGAAUGGAAAGUCAGUUCGAAGAAUUAUCUCAGAACCCUGACAUUAUAAUUGCCACUCCCGGUAGGCUGAUGCACCAUUUAACUGAAGUCGAUGAUAUGUCUCUGCGCACAGUGGAAUAUGUGGUCUUUGAUGAAGCAGAUAGUCUUUUUGGCAUGGGUUUUGCCGAGCAACUGCAUAAAAUACUCACCCAGCUUAGUGAGAAUCGACAGACCUUGCUUUUUAGCGCGACAUUACCCAGUGCUCUUGCUGAGUUUGCCAAGGCUGGUCUCCGUGAUCCUCAGCUCGUGCGACUUGAUGUUGACACCAAGAUUAGCCCCGACUUGAAGCUUACAUUUUUCACCUUGAGACAGGAAGAAAAAUUUGCAGCAGUGUUGUAUUUAGUACGUGAGCAGAUUGGUUCUGAUGAGCAGACACUGAUAUUUGUGUCCACUAAACAUCACGUGGAGUUCCUAAAUACAUUGUUUAGAGAGGAGAGUAUUGAGCCUUCUGUGUGUUAUGGAGAUAUGGACCAAGAUGCUCGAAAGAUUCAUAUAUCAAGGUUUAGGUCAAGGAAGACCAUGUUGUUGAUUGUCACAGAUGUUGCGGCCAGGGGCAUUGAUAUUCCUUUGCUCGAUAAUGUUAUCAACUGGGAUUUCCCACCUAAGCCCAAGAUUUUUGUCCAUCGAGUUGGAAGGGCUGCAAGAGCUGGUCGGACUGGUAGAGCGUAUUCUUUUGUGACAUCUGAGGAUAUGCCUUAUCUGUUGGACCUCCAUCUAUUUUUAUCAAAGCCGAUUAGAGCUGCUCCAACUGAGGAAGAGGUGCUCAACGAUAAAGAUGGGGUGAUGUCCAAGAUUGACCAGGCAAUCGCAAAUGGUGAAACUGUUUAUGGCCGUUUUCCACAAACAGCAAUUGAUCUUGUCUCUGAUAGAGUUCGUGAAAUCAUCUCCUCGUCUGCAGAGCUGACUUCACUGCAGAGAACCUGUACAAAUGCUUUUCGCUUGUAUUCGAAGACAAAACCCUUACCCUCAAAGGAAUCAAUAAAGAGGUCCAAGGAUUUACCUCGUGAAGGCUUGCAUCCAACAUUUAAGAAUGUGCUGGAAGGCGGUGAACUGAUGGCCCUGGCCUUCUCUGAACGCUUGAAAGCAUUCAGACCCAAGCAGACCAUUCUGGAAGCUGAAGGUGAAGCUGCCAAAUCAAAGAAUGUGCAGGGUCUUGGUCAGUGGGUUGAUGUGAUGAAGAAGAAAAGAGCUGUCCAUGAGGAGAUCAUUAAUUUGGUACAUCAGAAACGGAGUACCAAACCUUUAGAAGAGGAGGAGAUCAAAUCUGAUGUACCUUCUUCCAAGGAAAGAGAAACAAAAGAAGCUUGUUGUUUAAAAAGAAAGGCUAAGAGUUUCAAGGAUGAAGAGUACUACAUAAGCUCAAUACCAACAAAUCAUCACACAGAGUCCGGUUUAUUGGUUAGAGCAAACGAAGGCUUUGGAUCAAAUAGGUUGGAAAAUGCUGUGCUUGAUCUGGUCGCAGACAAUAGUGAAGGCAUGCAGAAGCAGAAAUCACAGUAUCAUUGGGAUAAGAGGAGCAAAAAGUAUGUUAAAUUGAAUAAUGGUGACCGGGUUACAGCCAGUGGAAAGAUAAAGACUGAGAGUGGGUCGAAGGUAAAAGCAAAGAAGACUGGAAUAUACAACAAGUGGAAACAAAGAUCACACAGCAAGAUUUCCCAUAAAGAGACGAGCAAUGAAGAGACUGGUGGAGAAUACACUAGCGUCACAGCAAAUCAUGGCUCGAGGUGGGGCAAAAAGAAGCUUCCCAAUGCUCAUGUUCGUCCAGAGAUCAAGGAUCUCGAACAAGUUAGGAAGGAGAGGCAGAAGAAAGCUGACAGGAUGUCCUAUGUCAAGAGCAAGGCGAAGCGUAAGCAGCAAUCCACGAGGAAUGGAAGAAAGGGCAAGGGAAAGUCAAAGAAGUGAACGCUGGGUGUUGCCCUAAGCUGAGCUAACAUUUGUCUCCACAAAUUUUGACCACCUCGCUGGUCUUUCCCCUUUUGGUAUGAGCGUUUUUUGUCACCCGAAAACUGCUGACUGUGAGGAACUGCGAGCCAAGUCAAAGAAUUGGUUUGAUUGUUUAUUAACCGAAUUGUAGCUUAUAAUGAGGGAUAGUCAUUCUCCAUCUGCGAGAGAAAGUAAACAAAGGCGCUUAUCCGAAUCUGUCGGUGUCUUCCUGUUCCAUGAACAUCGUCGUCGAUAUUCGAACAGAAUUGUCAAGUAUUCCGGUAUCUAUACAAAGGACUAUUGGCUA